AUGGUCAACAUCGUCGGUUCUUGUGACAUCAAGUUCCCGAUCCGUCUCGAGGGUCUCGCUUCGAAGCAUCACAACUUCAGCUCCUACGAGCCUGAACUCUUCCCUGGUCUCAUCUACCGCAUGAUCAAGCCGAAAAUUGUACUCCUCAUUUUUGUGAGUGGCAAGAUCGUUCUCACCGGCGCGAAGGUGCGCGAGGAGAUUUACCAGGCCUUUGAGAUGAUUUACCCCGUGCUGCAAGAUUUCCGCAAGGUUUAA